GGUUAGGAAAAAAAAAUCAUCCAAAAAUCUCUCAACAAUCUCAGAGGCCAAUCAUAAUCACAAAGCUUUGCCUCACCCGUUUUAAAAACUGUCCAAUUAAAUACCUGCUGCGAAUGCACAAACCCAUGUUGUGUUGUGUCGACGUGUGCUGUGCUGUGAAUUAAGCAAGACCCAAUUCGAAGGAAACCGAGACGGGAACGGCACGGGGCUUGGGACAGAGACGACAGCAUGCCCAGGGACUUUUCUCCCGAGCGGUCGAUCUCGAUCGUUUCGGCGGUCCUCUUUGGCCUCGCCGCGCGCUGGACGGUCCGGAACAUCCGGAGGGAGCGCAUCCGCAAGGCCCGCAGCGGGUGGGCCAUCUACUACCCGGGGGAGGACGACGACGACGACAACGACGACGGCAGCAGCAGCAGCAACAACGCCGGCGCCGCGAGGGUCUCCCGCCGCUGCCGCAACGCCCUGUCGCCGGCGACGCCCUACCUGGCGAGCUUUCUGAGGGGCCUUGCCUACGCGUGCUCGCCCGACGACGCACCCGACGGCUACGUGCUCCUGUGCAUGGCGGAAAACAAGCUGCUGAUCGAUCUGCUCUCGCAGCGCCUCCAGACCCCCUCGACGACGGUCGCGGCCUUUUCGAACCCGAUGGUCUACUGCUACAACUCCUUUCUGGGCCUUCCGGUGGCGCGGCAGGCCGUGUCGUAUUUCCUGGCCAACCGGUUCCUGUACGCGCCAGCCGAGAGCGGCAGCGGUGCUGGCGAAGGCAGGCACUUCCGGGGGCCGUCCCCGAUCAUGGCCGGAACGACCGCCGGCACGGCGCGGGUGAGCCUCCCGCAGGCGCUGCAAUCCAUCAACCCGGCCCACAUUGGCAUCGGGUCGGGGGCUGCCGGGAUUCUGAACGGUAAGAUGCUUCGAAAGAAUCGACAAGACCAAAGCGCAAUGCGGCACCGGUAGGAUCAGAACGAAUCAAAGAAGGCGUUUUCCGGGGUGGAUUACCUCUUUUUUUUCGGUGCUAAUGGAAGUUUUAUAUUGUUUCUUUGGCUUACCUGGUUCUAGCUCUGUUCUUUCUUCUGGGCGACGAGGGCGAUGCCUGUCUGAUUCCGGCGCCAUACUAUGCCGCGUUCGAGAGCGACCUGCGGAUCGUGGCCAGGGUGGUUCCGUUCGCGGUCCACAUGGCAGAUCCGGCAAGCGGUCCCUCCGCGAGCGAACUCGAUCUGGCCUUUAUCGAAGCAAAAUCCGUAAGUUGCUUCCUCCCAUUUUCGUGCUUCCUGUUUUCAAGAUAGUAGUUUUGACGCCGUUGUUUUUCGUGGGUUCUUUGUACCAAACCCUGGAGCUUCUUGUUUGAUUCACAUUCUGUGUUGCUUGCUUCUCUCAAUCAACCCCUCCGGUGUGCUGUUGUUCGGCACCAAAUCGCUUGGUCGUAUAACAGCAACGGCUCAAUCCCAGAUUCUUGUUGAUCACGAACCCAAACAACCCGCUGGGCGUCGUUUACAGCAGCACGAUUAUGCGGAACGCCGUCGCGUGGGCCCGGAAACGAAAGGUGCACACCAUCGUCGAUGAAAUCUACGCCCUCUCUACCCACCGCAGGCACGGCCACGGAUUCGAAUCGAUCAUAAGCAUCCUGGACAACCGGCUCGGCAACGACGUGCACUUUGUCUGGUCGGUGUCCAAGGACUUUGGUGCCAGCGGGCUGCGGUUCGGCGUGGUGUACAGCCAGAACGAGACGCUGCUCGAGGGACUCGCCAACCUGAACGUCUUUAGUGGGGUGAGCAACCCCAUCCAGAUGGUUGUCUCCGAGCUCCUGACGGACGACGAUUUCCUCGACACGUACCUGGACGAAUCGAGGGCCCGGCUCCGCCGGUCGUACCACAUUUGCAUCGAAAAGCUGGAGGAAAUGGUCCUGCCCUUUGUCCCGGCCGUGGCCGGGCAGUUCGUCUACGUCGACUUUAGCUCGCUGCUGCCGCAGAAGACGACCGAGUGGGAGCAGAAGCUGUCCGCGCUCCUGAUCGACCACGCCCGGCUCGUGCUGACCCCGGGCGAGUCGCAGCGGGAGCGGACGCCGGGGAUGUUCCGGAUCUGCUACGCCUGGGUCACCCCGGAGGUCCUGGAAAUCGGGAUGGAGCGGCUCAGCCGGAUCGUGGCAAAAAUCCGGCGCAUGGACUGGUCCGAUCUGAACGAGUCGACGCUCUCGGGAGUCAUCAUAUGAGAGCGGCCCGGAGCUUUGGCACCGCCAAAUUAAUAGAGCAUUGUAAUCAAC